UACCUCUACUAUGUAGCCUCAUCAAUUGACCAGGGGUUUUUCAAGUCUGUCAGAGGUUGGCUCCAUUCUUUUUUUUUAGCGUCCAAGCUCCUUUAUCAUUUAUGUCAAGGUACAUAAGGUAUUGUACUUUACUUUUUGUAUCUUUUCCACUUCUCGGCGGCAAAUUCAAUCCCAAUUCUCAUUCUUUCUUCAACCCCAUCAUCAAUCUAUACCAUCACUAGAUUGCAAUACAGUUUUAUACCGCCAAGAUGCCCAAGUUCUUCUGUGACUACUGCGACGUCUACCUGACGCACGACUCCAUGAGCGUGCGCAAGGCCCACAACAGCGGCCGGAACCACCUGCGGAACGUCGUCGACUACUACCAGCAGAUCGGGCACGAGAAGGCCCAGUCCGUCAUAGACUCUAUCACGUCUUCCUACGCCGCCGAGGGCCAGGCCCACGCCAACCCCAUGCUUCCCCAGAACCAACCCGGUGGCGCUGCCGCCGCCGCUGCUGCUGCCUCUGGAUUCCCUGCCAUGCCCCCGCCGCCCUUCGCCUUCCCAGGCGGCCUACCGCCUCCUCCCUUCCCCGGUAUGCCCGCUGGUAUGCCGCCCCCGCCCGGCGGCGCGUUCCCUCAAGGAAUGCCUCUUCCACCAGGCCAAGCCGGUAGAGGUCUCCCACCCCCUCCCUUCGCAGCCGGCCCCGGCGGUCUGCCUAUCCCCCCUCCCGGCGCGGGUCUCCCCUUCCCUCCGCCAGGCGGCUUACCCUUCCCGCCUCCGGGCGCACCUACACCACCGGUAGUAGGGGCUCCAGGCGGUGGUAGCGCGCCUCCGUUCCCGUUCCCCGGCAUGCCUCCCCCAGGCCAAGGGUUCCCCGGCGGACCUACGCCCCCGGGGGCUGCGGGUGGCUUUCCGCCGCCGCCUGGAGCGCCUGGCCGUUAGUACCACGCGGGUGCUGAAUGGGCACGGAGUGGGGAAUGGACCAGGCUCGGCAUCAGUAUCGGGAUCGGGAUGAGGGAGGACACCGGCGGCAGCAACUGAUGUCUCCUGUCAGGGGAUAUCUGGAUAGGAUUAUCAUUCCGAUAAGAGAAUUGAACAAGGAGGGGGAAACAGGGAGAGAAAGAGACCGAGAAGAAGACCGAGAAAGAGAGAGAAUACAAACGACCUUUUAUCGAAUGCAGUAGGAAU